CCUUCCCACAGGACACAUAAAAGUUUACUAUAUCAAAAACACUAUACUCAUUUAAAAUCACUGACACCACAUAACUGAACAGAUUCAGUAAUCUUAAAUGUGUUGUGUCAUCCUAUUCACUUUAUAUAAAUAAAGAGUGAAGACACAAUAGAUUGUUGUCAUAAAAGUUUGUACAAAAGUCACACGUCACAAGAAUACAAAACAAAAAUAAUAUCUUUGUGAUUGCAAAAAAAGAGCAAUGGAAGAUUCUCAUCCUCUAUUGAGAGGAGGUAGAGGAAAAGAGAAAGGUUAUAGCCAUGGAUUUUUAACCUCUCAGAUGCAUGUAUUGGCUUCCAUAUGUGACACCCUUUUUCCAUCCAUUCCAUUAAACAAAGAAGUCUCUCAAGAUGAAAACCUCUCAUCCUUCUAUUCAACUUCUGGUUCUCAGUUCCCAUUUCCUGAUGAGGCUGCAGAGCUAGUCUUGCUGUUCAAGAAGAGUGCACCAGAAGCAAUUCCAUUGGUGAGGUGGAUUCUAUGGAUUCUGUCAUUCAAAUUAGGGACACUUUUUCUUUGUGGAACUCUUUGCUUGCAUUGGAAGUGGCCUUUUGUUCUCAAAUUCUCUGAGAUUUCUUUGGAAAAGAGAGAAGAAAUUCUCAAGAAAUGGUCAAAAGAAAACAAAUGGACACCUCUAAGGGCUGUGUUUGUGUUGAUCAAAAUUGUUUUCUUCUAUACUUUGUUCUCAAGGACAGAUGUAAAUGGCCAUAAUCCAAUGUGGAAGGCAAUAGGGUACAAGGUGGACACUAGAGAAAAGUUGAAACUAAAGAAGAGGCCUCUCCAGGAAGGACUAGUAGAGACAACAUACGAAACCAAUUCUACAUUAAUCCAAUCCCUGAGUGAAAAAGGCCUUGAAGUCACUGAAGAUGAAGAGCAAAACGUGUACAAGAUCAAAUGCGAUGUUGUCAUUGUUGGUUCCGGUAGCGGCGGAGGAGUUGCAGCUGCAAUUCUUGCAAACUCAGGUCAUAAAGUGAUCAUCCUAGAAAAAGGAGAGUAUUUUGUUUCUCAAGAUUAUUCUUCCUUGGAAAGUUCAGCGAUGAACGAGCUCUAUGAAUCAGGUGGAAUCAUGCCAACUCUUGACGGUAAAAUGAUGAUCUUAGCUGGCUCAACAGUCGGUGGAGGUUCAGCUAUAAACUGGGCUGCUUGUGUUAGAACACCUGACUCUGUUAAGAAGGAAUGGUCCGAAAAAUAUAAACUACCGCUUUUCACAAGCUCUGACUAUCAAUCUGCUAUGGACUCGGUAUGCAGAAGGAUUGGUGUGACAGAUAAAUGCAACAAGCAAAGCUUUCAAAAUCAAGUUCUUCGGAAAGGGUGUGAGAGAAUUGGUUUAAAAGUCGAGUCAGUUGCAGUGAAUGCUUCAGAAGAUCAUUAUUGCGGUUCGUGCUGUUACGGUUGUAGAACCGGAGAUAAAAAGGGUACUGACUCAACUUGGUUGGUUGAUGCUGUUGAAAAUGGCGCAGUUAUCCUCACUGGAUGUAGAGCUGAGAAAUUCAUAAUAGAAAAUGGGAAGAAUGAAACAAAGAGAAAGAAUUGCUCAGGAGUGAUUGCUGCAACAAGUUGGAGGAGUAAGAUUACAAAGAAACUCCAAAUAGAAUCCAAAGUAACUAUUUCAUCAUGUGGAUCACUACUUACACCUCCUCUAAUGAUUUCUAGUGGACUACAAAAUCCAAACAUUGGAAGAAACCUUCAUCUCCAUCCAGUUCAAUUUGCUUGGGGCUAUUUCCCUGAAAACAUGACAAACUUAAGUGGUAAUAACCAUGAAGGAGGAAUCAUAACUUCUAUACACAAAGUACUUGCUGAGAACUCCACGCCAAAAAUCAUUAUAGAAGCACCUGCUUUAGGACCUGGAUCAUUUUCAGUAUUAGUUCCAUGGAUCUCAGGACUCGAUAUGAAAGACAGAAUGGCAAAAUAUGCAAGAACUGCUAACCUUUUUGCAUUGGUUAGAGACAUAGGAUCAGGAGAAGUAAGAAGUGAAGGAAAAAUUUCUUAUAGACUUGAUCAAAUGGACAGAGAAAAUCUUAGAAUUGGAUUAAGGAAGUCUUUAAGGAUUUUGGUUGCGGCGGGAGCUGUUGAGGUUGGAACUUAUAGGAGUGAUGGACAAAAAAUCAAAUGUGAAGGGAUCAAAGAAGAAGAACUGGAGGAGUUUCUUGAUACUGUCUCGGUUGUCGGGGGACCACGGUCCAGAAGUGAACUUUGGACAAUGUUUAGUUCUGCACAUCAAAUGGGAAGUUGUAGAAUGGGUAAGAAUGAAGAAGAGGGUGCAGUUGAUGAGAAUGGAGAAAGUUGGGAAGCAAAAGGGUUGUAUGUGUGUGAUGGAAGUGUUUUGCCUAGUGCAGUUGGUGUUAACCCUAUGGUAACCAUUCAAUCUACAGCAUACUGUAUUGCUAGUAAAAUUGCAGAAUCACUUAAGGAAGAAUAGACAGAGAUUGAUGAAUAAUAAUGAAGUUUGUAUUAUUUCAAUAAAAGAAUUUCAUUGAAAAUGUACAUGUACUUUUCGUUUUUUUACAUGAUGUAACUAGUAUUGCUGGUGUUAACAAAAUAAAGUUUCAUGUAAAUGUGUCAAAGUUUAUUAUGCGA